AUGGCUCCUGUACGCAAUGAGGUGCCGCCGCACACGAUAGAUCGCACUCCCGAAUAUGAGGAGUUCAUGACGCGACUCCGUGAUUAUCAUAGCAAACGAGGCACUAUACUUGACCCGGAACCCAAAGUUGGCGCAACGCAUCUCGACUUGAUGAAGGUCUUCAACCAUAUCGUGGAAAGUGGUGGCUACGACAAAAUUUCGGAGGAAAAGCUAGCCUGGCGUCGAAUGGCCUCUGAGCUUGGUAUCUACUCCAACAAUGAAGCUUCGACUGCUUUUUCCCUAAAGGAGAAGUUCUACAAAAAUCUUGCUGCCUAUGAAAUCAGCACUGUACACGGAAAGGAACCACCGCCAAAGGACAUUCUGGAGGACGUUACAGCUAAAGGGGCUUCCUUGUUGACACGUACCAGAGAAAAUUAUCGAGGUGCCAAACGGGAGAGUAAUAUUGGUGCUACAGACUCAGCGGCCUCGGGUGACGAUGGUACACCCGUUCGCGAACGGCCCGUUCCAGAUGCUGCUGCCAGUGCGCGAGCAUCAAGAGGGCUUAGAGAAGCACCUCCUCAGCGUGUCAUUUUCCAGCCAGACACCGGCCCUUCACGCACAACCCGACACUCUUCAGCUCACCAUGCGACUACUACCAACUCGCCAGCCGCCAAUCCUCCUCAGACUCCUUCACACCACCCUAACAUGCAUGUACCUCAACAACACCCGCAGCAACAACAGCAACAGAACUACCAGGGAAAUCGAGGGCCCUCGAUACAUCACCACCCCACGAAUACUGAAAACACAUCUACUCUCGUCACUGCCUACCAACCACGGUUUUCCAAACCCCUAACACUUCGUGCGGUCCCAACACCUAGCAAUGCACCAGCCGAGUUCCAGAAGCUUCGUCAACUGCCACGCCUAGAUUCCCGUCAACCAAUGCAACCCGGCACUGGGUUUGAUGGGCCUAAUAUUUACAUGAGGUGCUUGAACGCUCUGCGAUCAAACAUUCCCGCCGAGCAAGCUUUUGCUCUCAACCAUUUAGUUAAGAUAUCAUUUGAGCGAGGCGACAAGUACAAGUUCGAUUCAUUCCCAGGUCUUGCCGAAGGGCUAGUUGAUAAGGCUCUCGAGGUGGGACAGCUGUUCUAUCAUGUCAACUGGACGGUCUCAUGGAACAUUCCUCAUGACUCAAGUGACCCCAGUGUCCUCGAUGGGAACUAUGGAACUCCAGACAUUUUGGAGCGAAUCGACAAUCUUAUCGAAAAGGAUGUGCCUGAUGUCCUCCAAACUGAGGCUUAUGCAGACAACUUGGUGUUGAUAACCGAAGCUGUCUUGACGCUACGCAACAUGGUCACUCUGCCCGAGAAUGCCCACAACAUGUCCGACUUUCCUCCAAUCAAGGACCUCAUCUGCAUUGUCCUUAAUUUGCCUCAGAGGGAUUCGCUUGUGGAGUUGAAGCAUCUCACUCUGGACAUCGCAGAGCAGCUGACGCCAUUCAUGACUCUGGAUUCAGAUGACCCCUUGUACAGAGUCCUACUAGCGCAAAUGGCAUCUGAAGAUCGAGGUACAAUUCUAACAGCCCUCCGAGCGCUGGGCCGCAUUUCGAUGAACCUCGAGGCAACGAACAAGUUGGGCAACGUGCCUGGACCUGUGCUUCAACGACUUGCCAGCUGGCUACUUCUCAAUGACGACGAGUUAAUUGAUGCCUGCCUCGACUUCUUGUAUCAGUACACUGCUGUCGUGCCAAACGUGGACACAUUAAUUCGUUCGUUGACACCAGAGAACCUGGUCGAUCACCUCGCUCGCUUACUUGCUCACGGCGCACGAAAGACACAGCGCGAACUGGUUCUUGUGUCUGAACAAAGAAUCCCUGCUCGCGAUCAAAUUGCACCUAUGCCCGAGGAUCUCCUACAAGAGAUGCUCAAACUGGAAGAACCCGACCGUGUUCACCGAUGGGUCCGCUGCUUUUUCGAAGAGGAUAACAGUUCUUACGUGACGCAGUUGGCUGCAUGGCAAGCGUAUCAGACUGCCUUCGUUGGCCCUCUCAAAAACAUUGGCCAACCGCUGAUCACUCCUGCCGAUUUUAUCAGGAAUAGCACUUCUGUCUACAAAGAUUCGAACGCGCAGGUUCUCAGGGAUCCAGGCGACCCGCAACAGAAGUUCAUCAUCCAUGGCAUCCGUGCCAGGCCCAAGCCUCUCGGUAUAGACGGCAAAGAGUACGGACGGUGUCUGUGGGCCUCGAAUCCCGACAAUAUGCUUGAGAAAUGCGGUCAUUUCUACAUCCAGGCCGAAAAGAUGUGGGAGCACAUUCUCACAGAUCAUCUUCACGAAAAGCGCAAUGAAGAGGGGCAGUUUGACAAUGUUGAGAAGGAGUUCACCUGCACAUGGGACCAAUGCUCUCGUUUCCAGAAGCCCACCAAGCUGCGCCUCCAGGAAUUCUCUCGACACAUCAACACACACGUCUCUUUGGCGCUGCCCAGUGAGGCACAUAGUCGAAAGUCUGAACGGUCCUGGAUCAUUCCAGCCAAGACCAUGACUGUGGCCUUUGAGGAAACAAUGACAGCACGCGACGAGCGGAACCCAAAUCUCCCACCCCAGGCCGCCGGUAUCCCCCUCAGCGCUGCGCUGGUGCUGCGGAACAUUGCGCGGAACGUGGUGAAGACUGAGGCAGAAGAAGAGAUGCUCAAAGGGCAGGCGGAAACGGGCGAAAGUGGAGGCUGGAACGAGAUUCUUUUCAGACCGCUAAUGCCGCGCUUGUUUGAGAUUCUUACGGAAAACAGAGCCAUGAGUCCUUAUAUCUCAUCAUUGCUUGAUCUGAUUCACGUUCAUAACGAGAAUCGGGGACAAUGA